CAAUCUAAAAAACCAAACAAGGAGAAAGCAUGUAAAGCAGAAGUGUUCCUUGUAACGCGUAAGAGAAAGGCAAGGCUUGAACAACUCGUUUCAUCCAAACCGGAAAUAAUGAGAUGGUUGAGCAACUUAUUGGAGACAUAUCACAUGGACCAAAUUAUCUUAUAGGUAGACGUGGGAGAUCAAAGAAACGGAAGGAACCACCUCCUCACAUUUCAAAAUUAAAAGAAGAAAUGGCUGAUGAAAUGAACAAGCCAAUUCAACACUGCUUAGCCUUUGCUAUAACUAAAUUGGCAGCCGAUAAUCCAAAUUUGAAAGUCAAUGUUGAGGAGCUUUGUGCAGCAAUGUCGUUUGGUGUUUGUAAGGACCAGCUUCAAGAUGAUUCGAACUCUUCUGAUUCUAAUGAGACUGAAGUAUCUAAGGGAGAUUAAAACAUUGAAACAUACUCAAGGUGUUGAUGGUGUGUGCGUUUUGUUCAUUGGUUAUGGAGACCGAUUCUCAUUUUGGAUGCAAGAACAACUAGAAUUAGAAAGUAUUGUAUUUGCAUUAAAAAGUGUUGCCUUACUCUUGUCUACUCUUUGUGAGGAAUGAUGUUGCCUUACCUA